AUGACACAUACAGAAACAAUAACAAUGAAAAAAAAAGUUAUUUCAACUGCUGAACUCAAACAAUUAGUAUGUUCCGGUGGUGAUGAACGAUUAUUACUUGAUCCAUUAACUGGUGUUAAUAUGUAUGGUUGUCCACCAGGUCCGGUAGAACCAUCGACCUGGGUUCAUCUUUCGUCUUCAACAGCUACUCCUAUUUCUAAUGGUGGGUUUUCUCAUCUCGCAGAAAUAAUGACUACUCUUGAUGAAACCGAUGGUAGUGAUCCUGUUGAUGAAAGGCUGGAGGCAAUUCGUCAAGAAUUAUUUAAUUAUAUUGGUAUUACAUCAGUCGAUGCUGAUAUUGUUUUUGUACCUUCAGGUACUGAUGCUACUCUUCAAGCAGUCUUUCUCGCUAGAAUAUGUUUACCACGAGCGACAACGAUAUUAAGAAAUCUGGUUCUUGCAGCAGAUGAAGCUGCAGGUCGUGUAUUUAACGCUGCUUCUGGUUUUCAUUUUAACGCCAAAAAUAUUCGAGGUGAUGACGUAAUCAAGGGUACACCUAUUCCUGGUCUACAUGGACCUACUGGUGAUAAAACAAUUGAAUGUAUAGACGUUUCGUUUGAGAAGUGCCAGGAUGAAGCAUAUAUAGAAGAAUCUGUUGAUCGUCUUGUCAAUCAUAGUGGGGAUACGCAUGUUCUUCUUCAUGCUCUUGAUACUUCAAAAUUAGGUAAUCGAACACCUAGUCAUGAUUGUCUCAAUCGUAUUGAACAAAAAUAUAGUAAAGAAGCACUGACUAUUCUUAUAGAUGCAUGCCAAUUUCGCAUGUCACCAUGGCGUAUACGCGAUCAUAUCAAACGCGGACGAUAUAUUACGAUUACUGGAUCAAAAUUCUUCACUGGACCAGCAUUUAGUGGAGCUAUCAUUGUACCUGCUUGCUUUCGUGCUCAAAUUCAACAAGCUCCAGUCAAUAAUUAUAUGACUAACGAGCUUGCAGCUUAUUCAGCCAUCUCUGAUUGGCCUCAAUCGUGGACAAAUAUUCGUUCGUGUCUAAAUACCUAUACUACUGUAUUAUGGAAAUCGAAUAUUGGUCAGUUCUUACGAAUAACAGCAGCUAUGUUUGAACUUCGUCGUUAUUCAGCUAUACCAUCCUCAUGGCGUGAACAGUUUAUUGUUGCAGCGACUGCUGAAAUUCGAGCUGCAUUCUCUAGCGUUCCAGAUCUUCUUGAACCACUCGAAAACAAGACAAGAAAUUCCUUUUUUGAUGAAUUCGACGAAGAAUUUCGUCAUCUAACCAUUUUUCCAUUUUUUAUUCGUCAACCAAACAAAGUCAAAACUUUUCUUAAUCUGGAUGCAUGUAAAGAAUUGUAUCAAAAGUUACAAAUACCAAAUGAAACGAAUCCAAUAACAGUUGUCAUUGGACAGCCAGCAGCUAUCGUAGUCAAUGGUUAUCCAGACACUGUAACAACAUUUCGUUUUUCUAUUGAUGCACGUACUAUUUCCGAUGCAUUCGAACGAGCACAUGGUGCUGUCCCAGUAAAAACCGACAUACUUCAAUCUCGACUUAGAUUAAUUAUUAAGAAAAUUGCCGAUAUUGUCAACACAAACGACAAUCAAUCGUAA